CCCUCCCCCUCCCUCCCUCCUCCUUUCCACACCCAGUCCGCUCUCCUGGUCCCCCUCCCGACCUUCGGCCGCCCCACAUCUGCCAGCAUGGCCUUCAACCAGCUUGUUUCUCGGUCGAACACCUUCGGCAGUUCCCACCAGAACUCCGCAGCCCCGAAGAUGGUUCUCACCGAGUUGCCCAAUCCCCCGAAGGAUUCGAUCUCCUCGUUGAGCUUCUCCACCGCCUCGAACACCCUGGCUGGCAGUUCGUGGGAUGGGACCAUCUCGGCCUGGAAUAUCCGGCCCAACCCCAACUAUGUCUAUGCACCGGGAAGCGAGCAGCCAACCAAUGUGCCGGCUUUCAUCGGUGAGACGGCCUUUACCGCUGGUCAGUCCGGGCAAUCGCCCCCGCUGCUGACGUGUUCCUGGUGGCAUCACGAGCCGAUGAUCGUCACCGGCAGCGCCGACCACAAGGUGUCCCUUCACAACAUUCAGACCAACCAGACCACCCAGUUGGGCAUGCACAAUGCCCCGGUGUCUUGUAGCCGCGCCCUUUCCUUCCCCUCGCCCAUGGUCGUCACCAGUAGCUGGGAUAAGACCAUCAAGUACUGGGAUGGCCGCUCGCCCGAUGCCGUAUCCGUUGUUCAAGUCCCCGAGCGUGUUUACCUGAUGGACGUGCGGGACAACCUGCUGGCCGUGUCGCUGGCCAACCAGCAGAUUCUGGUCUUCGACAUGACCAAGUCCCCAAACACCCCGGCCUACGUCCUCAGCCCGACGGCCGACAAUACCGACCCGAAGAAUGUCCGCCCCGCGCCGAUUAACCACUACGCCAACAUCGGCGGCGUGGUCAACAUGGACCUCGGCGCCCGGCGUCAACACUCGGCAUUGGCCAUCCUCCGCAACAACUGCCUCGCCUACGGGACCAUCGAGGCCCGCGUGGCCAUCCACUACCUGGACCCGGCGCAGCACAAGGCCAACGGCUUCACCUUCCGUUGCCACCGCGUGGAGCCCCCGAACUCCCCGGCCCAGAUCUUCGCCGUCAACUCCAUCUCCGUGCACCAGACCCACGGGACCUUCGUCACUUGCGGCUCCGAUGGCACCUACGCCACUUGGGACAAGGACAGCAAGACGCGUCUCUACCGGUCGCAGGUCCACAACAGCCCCUUCCCCCCGAUCACCGCUUCGGCCAUCAAUGCCCAGGGGAACAUGCUGGCCUUUGCCGCCGGUGACGACUGGUCGCAAGGCUACGAUCCGGCUCGCAUGGCCCAGCCCGUGCGCGUCAUCAUCCACCACCUGAUCGACUCGCAGGUUGUCCCGCGGAAGAAGCCCUAAAGGAGGAGCACGACGCAGCCCGGAGAGCGGGCAUGCUGGUUGUCCCCUUCUUCUUUCUUUCCUGUCAUCUGUCGCCGUGUCUGCUGCUGCGCGUGCGCGUGCGCGUGCGCGUGCGCGUGCGCGUGCGGGUGUGUAUGUGCAUGUGCGAGCGAGCGCCCUCGCAUCCCCUGCUCCCCCCUCUCCGUGCCUUUUGCUCUCGCUUCUUGUCUGCUGUUUCUUCAGUCGUCGGGCCUGCACCGUCGACCCCCUCUCCCCCUCCUCCCUCUGCACAUUCUCCUUUCCCUCUCCCCCUGUCUGCCCGACGAAAAUAAUACAAAACCCAAUAGCA